AUGGUCAUAUCCGGUGUUGGAGUUGAUUUAACUCGUACAUCUGUGAGUUGGUGUAAAAUAAGAAAUUGGUCUCUUGCUACUCUUAGCUUAAUAAGUUUUAGUUGUUCAUGUUUGGCUACAAUCAAUCAAUUUUUUAUGACAUCACAAAGCGCAUCUAUUCGCCGCUUGAGCAGUAUCAAAUGGGCACCUCGAAUUCUCCUCAUUAUGAUCUUUGUGUGGUGUUGCCAUGGAAUUCCUUUUUUAUUGUUCUACGAUAUAUCACCACUUACCGGUACUUGUAUUAGUACCAAUUCUGCCUUUGCUGUUUAUUUUCCAUCCAUAUAUAUUCUCAUACUCGAUUGUACCAUUCCAGUUUCAGUAAUGAUUGUCUUUGGAUAUCUUGCUUAUCGAAAUAUUCGUUCGACACGAGCACUUGCUGAACAACAAGCUGAUCGUCAGUUUACAAGAAUGAUUUUGAUCGAAACAGUAUUAGUCACAAUCAGCAAUGUGCAGUAUGGAAUUAAUGGUGCUUAUACUGUGAUCACAGCUGGAAUGAGCAAAGAUGCGAAUCGAUUACAGAUUGAGAAUUUCGUUGCAACGUUAUCAAAUUUAGGGUGUUAUUUAUACUUUUCGGGAAGCUGCUAUGCGUUUUUACUUUCAUCGAGUCGAUUUCGUAAAGCAGCCAAGAAGCUUUUAUUUUUUUGGCAAAACACAAACCAAAUACAUCCCUAA